CAGUUCCAAGCACAGGGUCAAGCCAGCUGCACAAGACACAACGUCAACGAAGAAGAUAAGGGACAAGUGGAAAAUAUACAGGACCAAGUCCUACCGUAACUGGAAAACCGGUCAGUGUUUGGAACUCCGACAUGUGGAAGCUACUUCUUCUCGCAUCAAUCAGCAUUGUUAAUGCUAAAAAUACCUUUCUGAUCCUUGCCCCUAAGACCAUCAGCCCCUCGACAACCCUGCGUCUGGGGGUCAACUCCCUGAACGCCAGUCAGGACCUGACUGUAACAGCACGUGUACAGACACAAGAGUGGAACAACUACCCUUACUACCACUAUGAGCAAAUCUACGUCGACCAUGCCAAUAACACAAACACAAUCCUCGGAGGAGAUGCAGGUAUCGUGAAUGUCAAGACUCCCCAGGAUCUGAAAUAUGACAACUACUUCCUGAAGGUCCAGGUAGAGACUAGCUCUGGAGAGAAAUACACAAGAAUGUACAACCUGAAGUACUACAGCAAGUACCUGUCAGCCUUUAUCCAGACAGACAAAGCCAUAUACAAGCCCGGAUCCACGGUCAACAUCCGUACAUUUGCUGUGUACUCUGACCUUCUUUCCUACACAGGAAACAUGACAAUCGAGAUCUUUGAUCCCAACAACAACAAACUGAUGCUGCAGAAGGAUGUGAAAGAUCCUACUGGUGUCGUUACAAAGUCCUUCAAACUCAGCGCCAUGCCCAUCCUCGGAGAUUGGAAGAUCAGGGUCACAAUACCCAACAGCCAGAUGGAAGAGAAGAAAUUUGAAGUAUCCAACUAUAAUCUUCCACGCUUUGAGGUUACAGUGGAUGUUCCCAGUUUUGCUCUGGUAACAGAUCGAGACAUUAAGGGCAAAGUUUUUGCAAAGUAUACAUUUGGCGAGGGAGUGUCUGGUGUCGCAGAGAUUCACGCUACGAUACCUGGAGAUUAUUCUGGAUCUUGUUCCUCUGAGCAACCGAAGAUCCUCAUGACUUUCCCACUUGAUGGAGAAAGUAAGUUCACGAUUCCAAUGGUGGAGGUUCAGCACCUCGAAUCUUACCUCAAUGGUCGGAAACUGGAAAUACAAGCCACUGUCACAGAAACGCUGACGGGCAAGAAACUAAGUGGUUCCUCGACUGUGACUUUCUACACCAACGCAGUCAAGUUAACCUACCUCGACUACAGUGAUCACAACUUCAAGCCUGGCCUCGACUACACUGGCACGGUGAAAAUCUCCCUUCAAAACGAUCUGCCACUCCCGACCCCCCGGCAGAAUGUGACCAUCUACCCGUGUGUAACCUACCGUGUUAGAGUCCCGAACCAGAGCCGCUACCACAGCUGCGACUCCAACUUCCAGGGGACCUAUGGUCUUGAUGAGCAGACAUUCCCAGUUCCUGCAGAUGGCCUUGUGGACGUCACACUUACGGUUCCAGAGGAUGCUGUCUCAGUGACAAUAACGGCUUUUUAUGGUGAAACGUCAACGUCAUGGACGAUAAAGAAAGCCUACUCCCCAUCUGAUUCCUUCAUUCAGCUCUCCCUCCACGACACCAACGUUACGUCCGGAGAAAAUGCCAAUAUCGUCAUCAGGUCUACACAACCACUCGAUACAGUCUGGUAUGAGGUUAUCUCCCUUGGGUCCUUUGUUACUGCCGGACAUCUUGAUGGCGGUAUGGAAAAGAGCUUCAACUUCACUCUUCCAAUCACUCCUCACAUGGCACCUCAUGCUCGUGUCCUUAUGUACACCAUCCUUGAGGAUGGCGAGGUCAUUGCAGACAGCAUAAACUUCAAUGUGCAGGGACUCUUUUCCAACAAGGUGACUCUCGACUUUACCAGGAACGAAUCUCAGCCCCACGAGACCGUUGAUGUCCAAGUCUCAGCUGAUCCACAGUCAUUUGUCAGUUUACUUGUUGUUGACCAAUCAGUGACUCUCCUGGCCAGUGGAAAUGACAUCACAAGUGAUAUGGUAGAGACUGAGCUAAAAUACUUUGACAGCCGUGGCGUGGCCAACACCUACUCGGGAGAGACAGACGCCAGUCAAGUCUUUAAGGAUGUCAAUGUUGCUGUAUUCACCGAUACAAAUGUGCCAACAAAUCCUGGUGGAAUUGCUUAUGGACACAUACCAGGUUUUUCAACGUCUUCACCUAAUGUUGGACCAACAUCCCCCACCUACAUUUUUGCUGGAACAACAACUUACCCUACAGGAGCAACACCUUACCUUGGCCCAACACCUUACCCGAUCGGCUACAUGCCUUACCCGGGAGCAACACCCUACCCUGGUCCAUCGAAAUAUCCGAUAGGUUACACCCCCGCCCCAGGAGCAACACCUUACACUGGACCAACUAAUGCCUUACAACAGGUACAGCGAGUGAGGAAGUUCUUCCCAGAGACGUGGCUCUGGACAAACACAACCGUUGGUUCCAAUGGCAUUGCAAGUAUAUCUGCAACUGUUCCUGACACCAUAACGUCAUGGUUGGCGACAGCAUUCGCAGUUAACCCUGUGUCCGGGCUCGGAGUUACAUCAUCAGCAUCCAAGAUGAAGGUUUUCCGCCCAUUUUUUGUGAGUGUUGCUGUUCCAAUGUCCGUCAUCCGCGGUGAGCAAGUUGUGGUUCAGGCCAACGUCUUCAACUAUCUGCAGACUGAUCUCGAUGUGGUGGUGACGAUGAAAAAAUCCAAUGACUACGAUAACAUCCUCUUCGACCCCAUAACUGAGAGUCUCAAGGCCUUCUCUGCAGACCAAGUUAAGACAGUUCGCGUUGCUUCAGGGGAAUCAAAGACUGUUAACUUUCCCAUCGUCCCUACAACCUUGGGACAACUUGACAUCCAGGUGUCUGCCAGAUCAACUGCUGCAGCCGAUGCUGUACAGAGAAAAAUCACAGUUGAGCCGGAAGGUAUCAGAAAGGAGACAAACUUCCCCGUCACCAUCGAUCUCCUGUCUGGCAACACCUACAACAAAAAUCUUUCCAUUCCUCUGCCAAAGUACAUCGUAAAGGACUCACAGAAAGCAAGGGUCAGGGCUUUUGGCGACGUGGUGAGCCCCAGCCUCGAAGGCCUGGACAGUCUUCUGAAGAUGCCCACUGGCUGUGGGGAACAGAACAUGAUGGGACUAGCUCCUGAUGUCUACAUCUCCAACUACCUUGUCAGUGCCAAGAAAUUUGACGGAAAACUUGAGCAGACAGUCAUUCCAUUCAUGGAGGAAGGUUUCCAGCGUGAGUUGACCUACCAGCACAACGAUGGCUCCUACUCCAUCUGGGGGAACAGCGACUACUACGGAAGCACCUGGUUGACAGCAUUUGUUGUGAAAACAUUCAUCCAGGCUCGUAAGUACAUCUACAUAAAUGACCGAAUCAUUGCCCGUGCUGCCACCUGGCUUAUAAGCAAGCAAAACAGCAAUGGGGACUUCAGCGAGAAAGGAUAUGUGCACAGCUCCAGCAUCCAGGGAGGAUCUGGACACGGAUACGCCCUGACAGCAUUCGUUCUUGAUGCCCUGCUUGAAGUCAAAGGACUGGAAGGGGUGAAUGCGUUCAACCUGAAUGAUUCUUUGAUCCGCGCCAGCGCCUUCCUUGAGUUCAACAUCGUGAGAUAUGAUGACCCCUACACUGUUGCAAUCGUCACUCAUGCUUUAACCAAAGCAGAUAGCAUCUUUGCCGAAGACGCUUUCAAAAAACUUGAACAUAUUUCCAAAACAAAAGAUGACAUGAUGUUCUGGGAGAGAUACAGCAACUCCAGAUCCACCUACUGGAGACCAUAUCACCAAUACGCUGACGCCAUCGACAUUGAGACAACGGGCUACGCUCUGAAGACAUAUGCACUCAGGAAGGACUUUGUCAAAGGCCUGUCUAUCAUGAAGUGGCUCAUUUCCACCAGGAAUCCCAAUGGUGGCUUCGUUUCCACUCAGGAUACUGUUGUUGCUCUCGACGCCCUUUCUGCAUUUGCCACCGUCAUCAACUCAGAUUCCUUCAAAAUCAGCGCCGACAUCAGUUCUGGGAAAUUCAGCAAACAUUUUGAAAUCAAUGCCCAGAACGCCCUUGACCUUCAAGCUACUGAUGCCAAUGAUUUCACCGGUACCUUCAACGUAAGAGCUCAAGGCCAUGGAGUGGGAUACCUUGAGAUUGCAUCGUUCUUCAACGUGGAGAAGCCAGUAGAGGAGCAGUACUUCGAUAUCAGCGAGGACAUAGAGAUCGAGACGUUUAACAUGUACACACUCAGGACCUGUGUGAGUUACAGUAAGGCGAGAACCAGCAACAUGGCCGUGGUCGAGAUCACAAUCCCAUCAGGCUUUGAACCGGAUAUGGAGUCACUCUAUGUCACCCGCAAAACACAGAAAUCGGAACUGUUGGGCAAGACUCUUGUCGUCUACUUCAACGAGUUGGAAGCCAGUGAAACAUGCAUCAGAUUCACUGCAAGAAGAAAUGGUCUGGUUGCUAAGCUACAAGCAUCUCCUAUCCAUGUCUUUGACUACUACGAGCCAACACACCAGGGUGUUGCGUUUUACCGCUCAAAGACCCUACAUGACGCAACUGUUUGUGACAUUUGCGCUAAGUGCUGCCAGAAGUCUUCAUAAACAGAUUCACGAUGUCAAGAAAGAACCGAUAAACGAACAGCUAUCCAAAUUAUUGUACAAAGAAUUAUUAACAGCAAUAAAAUGCAAAUGAGUCUUA